UUGUAGACCAAGUGAGCGAAGAAAAGGAAAGUGCAUCCAGUGGGAGGAGUAAACACAUGAGUGUCACCGCAAGUGUUCAGGUCUAACCCGCUGAGCAUGAUGGCUUGAAUUAACAAGAAACAUGGGACCACAAACAAUACCUCUGAUGCGUGCCCCACUGUGACCUGACAUACUGCGCCAUCAAGACGCACUCGGGUUACAAUGUGAUGGAUCCUGCUGGACCGCAACCAGGACCACCCCCUAUACCAGCACCUAGACUGCUCCACAGACAAAACGCAAAACGUGACUUCUCCGCAUCUGGGACAGAAACUGAAUUUUCGUCUCAUGUUUACGAGGAGAUCAAUGUUAAUGCUGAAAGUUAUCAAGUACCAAGAGUCAUACCCCCGCCUCUUCCGAAAUCUCGGCCUGAAUCCCAGGCUCAAGGCCGAGGACGUCCCCAAGGUGCUCAGCAAGAGGGAUAUGUGGCUCUCCGACCCCGUCGUGCCGCCCCACCGGUCCCGAGUGCAAAGGCUCCAAGUGGACAAGACUACAUUUCCCCACCUGUACCCCCCAGGAAGCACGCGCCCCUCGGCCACAACAGAACCAGGUUCUCCUGUGAUCUGACUGUCCCUGUCCACAAAUUGGUUCGGUCCAACACACAAAUAGAUGACCUGGAUAAAUGGCUCAUCAAACUGACAGACGCUCCAGAAGGCAGCACAACAGUGAUGGCUGCAUUCUGUCAGGCCACAUCCAGGCUGCUGUCGCGCUACAAGCACACGCAAGUGGCUCACAACACAGGUGCGGUAUGUGCUCGAGUGUCACGCGUCCAUCCCGCGCUGCUGCAGCAGGUCGAGCUGACUGUCAACGUGGCGAUCGAAAAUAAAAGUCACCAGCUUCCAAUCCCAACCACAGUGAACAGGACAGUGCAAAGUUUCAUCGAUGAGAUCUUCCAGCUGUUCGAGUUCGCUCGCAAAUCCUCCGGCCAUUAUGUUCUGAAGUUGUGCAACUCGGAGGAGUAUCUCCACAAUGACGAGCUGCUGGGUGUGCACGAGGUCGUUCAAACACACUGCAAGUUCAACAUGGACCUUCCCCUCCGACUGCUCCACUCCAGCAGCCUAAGACACAGUCUGGCCAGGGAUGAAGGGGACGACAAACCUUCGGGUCAUGUCUACGAGCUGGUGAGACCCGUCUGCGUCUUCAACGCUUGCAAGUUGAGUCUGCAGAAUGUGCUCUUAAGCUACAGCAGGGAGGAGGCCAUGCUGAUGAGAAAUAAAUCGGGGAUGAACGUCAACGUCAUGGUGACCCACGUUCGCACCAUUACCGAUCUCCUGUGCGGCCUCUCAGGCGAGGAGCUGGAGGAUGCCAUUGGCCGGCUCAACAGAGUCAACCCCAUACCUCUAAGCUAUGAGGAAAUGUCAGAAUGCGAGAGUGCCAUGCGGGUGCUGCACGAGUCCCUGCUGAAAGUCAUGCAGAGCUUCUUUGCAAACUUCCUGUCCAACUUCAGAACUCUGGACAUCGCCAGCAAACCUCAGACUCGUGAUGUGGAAGAUAACGGUGAACUCUUACGGUUCAACGUGGCCGCGCUCUACAAACUGCAACCCAGCUGGCUGGCAACAUUCGACUGCUUUUCUAUUUCCUGUGAGCUGACCUAUGGGGAAACUCAGAUUUGCUCAGCCGUGGUUUCUGAAAACAUCAGCACUACUUUAUCAUUUGAGAAGAAAAUACGUUGCAACCGCAUGAUGGCGUUUCCUGUCCCAGUAAAGCAGUUGCCCUACGAGAGCAUGCUGACCUUCCAGCUGAUGUGCUCAAAGCGAGGAAAGAGCCCCGAGCUGCUGGCAUGGGCUGUCCUACCUCUUUACAGCAACAGAACCCUGGCCAGAGGGACCAUCCUGCUCAGUUUGUCCAUGUUGGCCAUGCUGUCUUCUCCCCCCUCCCCGGCCCUUUUUGACAGCCACCGACAAACAGUGGGGGUCAUCAUGCAGGUUGACUUUCCAGAUGAGGUCACCUGGACAUAUCAGAGGCCUGUCGCGCUCCCCGGGUCCUUCAUAUUCUCUGCGCCUUGUGAAGAUCUGGAAAAGAAAAUGUCACAAGUAUCCAGGAAGCUCUGCCUUUGCUUUCUUUCAGAAAAUGAGAAGAGCUUCCUGUGGAGUAAACGUCACAGCUGUGACAAAGCAAGCACCUUCCUCCACCUGGUGUUAGGUGGCGCCCCCAAGUGGCAGUCCGAGGACCUGACAGAGAUCUACACAGUUGUGGACCGCUGGGCCAUCCACCUUCCCGAGGAAGCCCUCUUCCUGCUCACCGAUAAUUUUCCGGACCAGACAGUGCGUGAGACCGCUGUGCAGUAUUUUGUACAAAUACCCGAUGAUGAGCUGGAGCUGUUUUUGCCGCAGUUGGUCCAGGCUCUGAAGAGCGAAUGGGAGCUAGAUGGAGCUCUAGUCAUGCUGUUGUUGGAGAGAUCUAUAAAAAACAUUCGGAUUGCCCAUCAACUCUUCUGGCUGCUGGAGGAUGCUUGCACAGAGCCGCACUACCAGAGCUGGUACAGUAAAGUGCACGCGGCCCUGCGUUUCUGCUGCGGUCGAGCACUGCGGGAAGAGCUGGAUCGAGAGACCCGCUUGCUGUUGGCACUCGUGCAGGUGGCAGAAAAGGUCCGGACGUCGGAGAAGACGCGACGGAAGACCGUUCUAAACAAAGAAAAGACGAAGAUUGAGAAGUUCUUCAGUGAUGGGGGAAGCUGCCGCCUCCCUCUGGAUGUUGCGGUCCACAUCAAGGGGGUGGACCUGGAUGCCUGUAAGUUUUACAACUCCAAUACCUCUCCUCUGGGGGUGUCCUUCAUUUGCACUGACCCAUUGGCUAAGAACAUCACUGUGAUAUGCAAGACAGGAGAUAGCCUGCGCCAAGACAUGCUAGUACUGCAGAUGGUUCGUAUGAUGGACAGAGUGUGGCUCCAAGAAGGGCUGGACUUGCGAAUGGUCACCUACAGAUGUCUCUCUACUGGCGCAACUCAGGGCCUCAUAGAAGUGGUUCCUGAGGCGGUGACGCUAGGGAAGAUUCAGCAGGAGUGGGGUCUCGGUGGCACCCUUCGACAGGACACCCUGGAGAAGUGGUUCCACAUGUGGAAUAAAACCAAGGAUGACUACGAAAAGGCUGUGAUGAACUUCAUUCACUCAUGUGCAGGUUGGUGCGUGGCCACCUUCAUCCUGGGGAUCUGCGACCGCCACAACGACAACAUCAUGUUAAAGCACAGCGGGCACAUGUUCCACAUUGACUUUGGCAAGAUCAUGGGCAAUGCGCAGAAGAUCGCAAACUUAAAAAGGGACCGAUCACCGUUCAUCUUUACGUCGGAGAUGCAGCAUUUCAUCACAGGCGGUGGGCAGAAGCCUCAGCGCUUGCAUCGCUUUGUGGAACUCUGCUGUGAAGCUUACAACAUCAUCAGACACCGAUCUGGCCUCAUACUCAGCCUGCUGGAGCUCAUGACCAACGCAGGAAUGCCCGAACUGAAGGACUAUCAUGAUCUGCAGUACGUCCAGAGAAACCUCAGACCGCACAACACUGACCUGGAAGCCACAUCCUACUUUACAAAGAAGAUCAAGGAGAGCAUGGGUUCUGUCACGGUUAAGCUAAACUUCCUGACACACAGCAUGGCCCAAGGGAAGAAAGCAGCGGCGCCCAUCCGUGAUGGCGUUCCUGCUCCGAGCACCAACAUUCAAGACGCCGUCAUCCAGGACUUUAGCAUCAAGGACAAAGUUGCAAUCUACGACCUGAGAUUGACCAUUGACGAUGGCUAUUGGUACAACGAAAUGACAUUUGAGAACUUUGAGCUGAUCCAUAAGCAACUGCAGAAACAUUUCAUCGAAUCUGCGAUACCUCAGUUCCCGUCCUGGUAUAUGAUGUCAUUCAACCCCAAUAGGAAAAUGUCUCAACUGAAUAAAUACCUCAAACAGCUUUUUGAGGGACCUUGCAAGGGAAAUGAAUUUGUGUGCAGCUUGUUCUUGGAUGGGCCCAAAGUGGUGAAAGAAAAUGUGGUAAAAGAAGCUUGUCCUCAAAUCCAGCUGUGCAUUUCUUACGAGGGCUGUAAGCUCUCAGUCUUGGUAAAACACCUCAAGAACAUUAAGAUGCCCAAUGGCUCCAACCCUGACGCCUACGUGAUCACGUGUCUGAGACCGGAUCCCCAGCGGAAGUCCAAGAGGAAGACUAAAGUGGUGCGGAAUAAUGACAGCCCCACAUUCAACGAACUGCUGGAGUGGUCUAAUGUCCCCCUGCUUUAUGGGAUGGUGCUGGAGGUGAGCGUGAAGAGCAAGAAGACGUUUGUCGCUGCCGCCAACAUCAAACUGGACGAGGAGCUGCUCAACAAGGAGACUUGGUUCACAUUGGGAAACUCGGCACUUUGACCUGACUUGUUGCACUGCGGGCCUGAAGCCGACAGGGGGCGCAAGCCCAAUGUCUUUUGGCUCAACUACAAUGUAGUGAUCGACUGCGGAUGAAGUUGCAGCUGGAAAAAAAACUAAUGGAAGUACUGUACACUGUUAUGUAUAUGUACUGCAGUAGCUGAACGCACUGACUAGUUGUUUUUAAAUGCCAAUGAAUUGUUGAAAUCAUGAUCAUAAAAAUUAUCUCGUACAUUUUUCCCCCCAGUCGAUUUCUUUUCUCUCUAUCACGUAAUGCUGGAUGGACAAAAAAUAUUUGGACAGGUUUGUAGGAAAAAUUUGCACACACCGUCCCUUGACUGUGACCCCAUGAACUAAUUUUUGGCUGCCCUUUUUUUUCAGGCAAUGCUAUGGCCUGACUAAAUGAAACUCCUCACCUCACUUCAACAUAAUUGAAGAUGCCACUGGAUGGAAACAAAGCAAUAAUUAUAUUUUACACACAGCGAGUAUUAGUUGGGGGUGGGGGGGGGCUUUAAAUGUAUCGGUACGGGUGUAAAAAGUUUUAUACAUUGUAUGUCUUUUGGUGUGAAGUUCAGACAUUAGGGGACAGCAAGAGAACAAAAUUGGCUUUUUGUUUAUACCAGUGAUUGUCAAAAGUGUGGUAUCGGCCGC